UGUGCCCCGCCGCUGCACCUGUAAAAUUUUCAUUUCUCGUUUGAAAGGAGGAGCUAGAGAGAGAGAGAGAGGACGGCAAGAAAAAAUAGAAGCUAUCGCUAUGACAACUAUUCGGAGGUUUUGCUGCAAUGAUCUUCUUCGCUUCGCCUCUGUAAAUCUUGAUCACCUUACUGAAACUUUCAACAUGUCCUUCUACAUGACCUACUUAGCUCGAUGGCCUGAUUACUUCCAUGUGGCCGAAGGUCCAGGAAAUCGAAUCAUGGGAUACAUAAUGGGUAAAGUCGAAGGACAAGGGGAAUCUUGGCAUGGACAUGUUACUGCUGUAACAGUAGCUCCAGAAUACCGGAGGCAGCAAUUAGCGAAGAAACUCAUGCAUUUGCUGGAGGACAUCAGUGAUAAGAUAGAUAAGGCUUAUUUUGUGGACCUCUUUGUGCGGGCAUCAAACACACCGGCCAUAAAGAUGUAUGAAAAGCUUGGAUAUGUAAUUUAUAGACGGGUAUUGCGAUAUUAUUCUGGUGAGGAAGAUGGUCUAGAUAUGCGGAAAGCUUUAUCUCGGGACACUGAAAAGAAGUCCAUCAUCCCCCUUAAAAGACCAGUUACUCCGGACGAACUGGAGUAUGACUAAAUGUGCUUUCUCAGCUGUCUACUAAGUUUAUGGGAACAUCCCUGAAUGGUUUUGCUGCUUUUGGGAGUUCGUAGAGAGGGCAUAGCCGCUUAGCGCAGUGGAUUGUAUUCUAUUAAUGGAGGUGAUAAAAUUGACAUGUCUACCAUGUUUGAUAUUAUUUCCCAUUAUAUAAAAUUGACAUGCCUACCAGUCUGUGUUAAUUGAUAUUUUA